AUUUCCAUUUAUUUAAAUUUGCUCAGUGAGUAUCUGGGACCUUAUUGAUGAAAAGCGCGUCUUUAUAAACAGAGAAAAAUUGUACAGACCGAAAGUCUGGACAACAAGGAGACUCCAGUGUAGUUCUGAGUGAAAAUUUGUUGAUGUUUAAAAGGAGCUCCCAAUUUUGGACUGGUUUUAAUUUACUGGAGUGUGUCGCGAUACAAAAUCCUGUCGGCUAAAAGUUAAAAAUUGAUGUGAGACUUUUUGAAACCAAACUGAAUUAUUUCGUUUGUUUUUGUGUGAUCGUGGUCAUUCUAUCCACAGAAAAAAAUUGCCGGUAGCAAAAAGUUUGAUUUUCAAUGAAUCUUAGAUUAUUGAGAAAUUUGUCUCAAAAUAAGCCUAAUUUAAUUUAAUAUUGUUUAUCAUUAACUCAGUGGACUUAAUAUUGAAUUGUAACAAUGACGGUUAUCAUAAGUGGACAAGACAGCUUAAAAGAUCCAGGUGCCCUAAAAAGGAAGUGGGCCAAGAAUUUAAGCUUGGAAAAUCACUUGGACUCAACUGAUCAAAAUAACAACAUAACAAUGACGUCGGAGGAUUUGCUGCAACCGGGGCAUGUAGUUAAAGAGCGAUGGAAGGUUGUUAAAAAAAUUGGCGGCGGUGGGUUUGGAGAAAUCUACGAGGGUCAAGAUUUACUCACUAAAGAACAAGUUGCCCUGAAAGUAGAGAGCGCCAGACAACCGAAGCAAGUACUCAAAAUGGAAGUGGCUGUGUUAAAAAAGUUGCAAGGCAAAGAACAUAUUUGCAGAUUUAUAGGCUGUGGUAGGAACGACCGAUUCAACUAUGUAGUUAUGCAACUUCAAGGAAGAAACCUUGCGGAACUCCGUAGGGCGCAACCCAGAGCGGCCUUCAGCCUCUCCACAACUUUGAGAUUAGGACUUCAAAUUCUUAGAGCUAUUGAAAGUAUUCAUUCAGUUGGAUUUUUGCAUCGUGAUAUUAAACCUAGUAAUUUUUCAAUGGGUAGACUGCCAUAUAAUUGUAGGAAAGUAUAUAUGCUAGAUUUCGGACUUGCUCGCCAAUAUACAACAACUACAGGUGAAGUCCGGGCACCUAGAGCGGCGGCAGGUUUCCGAGGUACUGUUCGGUACGCCAGUAUAAAUGCACAUAAAAAUAGAGAAAUGGGUCGUCACGACGAUCUUUGGUCUCUAUUUUAUAUGCUGGUCGAAUUCGUCAAUGGCCAAUUACCGUGGCGAAAAGUAAAAGAUAAGGAGCAAGUAGGACUGAUGAAAGAGAAAUAUGACCAUAGGCUUUUAUUAAAACAUUUACCUUCUGAUCUGAAACAGUUCUUGGAUCACAUACAAAGCUUGGAAUAUGCAGAUAAGCCGGAUUAUGCCAUGCUGAUCUCAUUAUUUGAGCGUUGCAUGAAGCGGCGAAAUGUUAAGGAAUCAGAUCCGUUUGACUGGGAGAAACCCACAGGAGAUUCCCAGCCAAUUAGUCAAGUUUCUCAAGUUCAGCCUCCUACUACCACUCCCACCACAUUAGCCAGGCAAACCACCAAACUACUUACAACUACUGAGAAUAACCAAGAGAAUAUUGAACCUACGGAUAAUAAAGAAAUCCAAAUUGAUGCCCGAAGAAGGAUAGAAGCCGAAAAUACAGCGCCACUAGCGACAGACACUCAAACCAAUGCUGGUAGGCCAGGAGUUGAUAAAAAUUGCAAUGCAACCGCCGUUGAUCAAACUUCGCGAAGGCGACGCGCAACUUCGCAUUUCGAUCAAGCACCUACAGAUCGAUUGGACAAUGAGGCAGCUGUCGCUUCGGCCAAGUCAACUUCCGAUGCUCCUCGUCCGGCUCCUUUGCGCAAAAGUCAAUCGGGAGCUGCUACUUUGGGCCGAUUGCGUGUUGCAACUCCUCCCCAAGGUCAAAGUGGAAGUCUAGGAGAGUCACCUGCCACUCCAGAACAAGAGCGGCCGCGAAGAAGAGCUCCAAGUGCGGCGAGAAGUUCGAGAGGGACUCGUGACCAAAGUGUAACUCAAUUUGCUGUGAUGGAUGACGAAAACGUGAGCCAACAGGUAACAAGAGGAGGUGCCUUAACACUUGUUAGCCAAUGGAAAUCUCAAUUCGAUGAUAGUGAAGAAACAACCGACAAUGAAUGGAAACCAGAGUCGCCGGAACAUCAUCGAGGCGGUGGAUCUCAUGCAGGUUCCAUUCACCAGUCCCACUUGCAAGCGGCUCCAGUUGAAUCAUUGGCAGGUGUAACACCUCAGACGCAAGCUGUCUUAAGCAAAAUAAGCGAAGACUCGAAAGCUAGUCACAGGAAAUACGUGAACAUUGCCGGAAUUGAGGAUUACCCUGAACUCGUUGGUGCUCUUCCUCGAGCUUGGUCGUGUCCUGCUCUUGGGCCUAGAAUCCGUCGAGCUCUUAAGCCUCCACUUCUGCAACAAGCGGCUUUCGACGAUUUGGUGUUCCGAAUGGAUGUAAUGCGCAACGUUGCGUCCAAGCAUAUAAUACAGGCAAAGGAGAAUGCGGAGGUGCCUAAAUUCAAUGCGGAAUUGGGACACUUUCCCAGCGAAAAGACUUGGACCAGCUUGCCGGCGGUUGAGCUAGCUGAAAAACAAGACUUCAGAGAGGAUGAGAAUGUAGAUGAGGGCUUGCAAGAGGUGGCAGGCAAACUGGAAAUUCGCGUGGUGCCAAAACCGCCUUCCGACACUAGCGUUACUACCUACCAAGCGACCACUAAUUCAACGCAAAUCACGGUGCGGCCUCAGUCACUUCCACCAAUUGCGACCAAAACUGUGGCAAUUCAAAACGGCACUGGGCAAAAUCCACCGUUAGAAAGAAUUGGCUCCCAUGAAAAGCCUGAGCGGAAACCGGUAGAAAGAACAAAAAGUAUUUUGAAACAGAGCAGUAAAGAGGGCGGAACUGGCGGAGAAAUCGGCAGCCCUAGGAAAGAAGUGGUUAUUUUUGCCGAUGGGCUGGUAGACAGAAAAGAGAAAGAUAAAGCCUGCCAGUCUCCAAGACCAAGAGUUCGGUCGCCACCUCCGACAGUCAGUCAAGUUGAUGCCAGCACACAUAGGAGAGAGAACGAGACAGAUCGAGAGAUCCAGUGCGAUGUCGCCGAUGUCCCUGCAGGGAACAAUACAACAGAUUUAAACAAGGAAAGUACAGGGCCAACUGCAAGCAGCACGAUAGAUAAAAAAAUUGGAACAGAUGUCAAAAAAGUUGAAACUGAAAGCAGUAGUACUGAAACUGAUUAUAAAGAUAGAGGCGAUAAGCGAAGGAAGUCGUCAUUUGGUAAACAAGGUUCCAACUUGAAUUUCGAACCUAUAGAAACGUUAAUGCGCAGUCAAUCUUUGAAGUCUGUUCCAAGCAACAAGGCUCUAUCCAGUCUACUGAAUAAUCGGGGCGCGGAUUCUCGAUCUGAGAGCAGUUCAGGAGCUUCUGGGACCAAUCAAGCUAAAUCCGACAUGGGGGGUGGCUUAAAAGAGAAAGCGAAUGAUGAGGAAAGACAACGACUCGUUGAUAGAGAUAAAAAUGGGCGAAAACGUGGCGAUGAUGGUAUGGUAAGGUGUUCGCCAGGCGUGGACUUGAGUUCAAAUCCCAACGUAACAUUUGUGACAGCUUCAAGCAUUCCAGAGUUAAGGGAGAAACGUUCCAUCGCCAACGGUCUUAGCCCGGGCAUGGAAGAGCAAUCCGAGUACUUCGACGCGACUGAAAACCCAACACAAAAAGACAAAAGGCAUGAACUGGAUGAUGAAGAUAGUGGUGUAGAUAACGCUAGUCAAAUUUUGCGAGAAUCAUCGACUAGUCCUGCAAUGGAAGGAGGGCGAAUAUCGAAAAUUCCGAUCUCUGUUAGUGGUGGCCAACGGCUGGCCAAGUGUAUGUCUUGGUCUGGAGAUCUGACCCCGGGCCUGCGAAGGCGCAGGCAAGGUGAGAAAUACGUCACCGACCCUAGUCAGCUAAAACUUAGGUUUAAAAGACAUUCAAGUAGCGGUCUGAGGGCAAGAGGGAUUUCUAAUUGCCUAAUUGAUGCACCGGAAAGCAGCCCUGAGUCAUCCGAGGGACCGCCACCUCCGCCGCCUGGAGGAGAACCUCCUGCAGAAUCUCAGGUCAGAUGCAGGCGAUUUCGACCUGUAACGUAGUGGAACCAUUGCAAAGUGGUUUGUUAUAAACCGUGAUCAUAAAAGUUAGAGCGGAGACACUUUACGUCUGGCCACAAUUAAUAUUUUUUGGCAAGUUUGAGGAUUAUCUACCCGAAUGAUUAUGUUGAAAUUUCAUACUAAAAUAUUUACCUGAAAUGUUUGGUAUUUUAUUUCGUGUAAAUGCCUAAUAAACUAUUUCAGUUUUUAUUCUACUUAUACCUUUAGGUCGGCCUUAAGCGCUUUUUAUUCCUCCAAGAGUUUUCACAGUCUGUCUUGAAGGUACUUUGGGCUUGUUGUGCCAUGUCUGUUAUUAAUUAACCUUUCGAAUCACUAAAUUUACUGAAUGUAAACUGCUUUGCAACUUUAAGUGAUUUAUUCUAGUUCAUCAGUUGUAAACUAUUAACUUUAAAAUUGGAUAAUUAAAACACAUUUGUUUUAUAACGUGUAAUUUCCGAGAUUAUUAAUUGAAAUUAAAAUGAGCAAUUUCAAAUGAAUUUAAAAAUUUCAGAUUUUGACUCGCUUUUAGGAAUCCGGAAGUACUGGUAGAUCUUUAUAAAAAAAUCGAAAUUGACAUAAACGGAGAGGGUUUAGGAAAAUAAAUUAUUGUUAUCUAAUGCCUAUAGAAGAGUUAUAUAAUGAUGGUAAUUUCAUUUGAAUAUCGCAUGAUAAAAGCAAUUUUGAAUACGUUAACUCGGAAAAUGGAUUUCUAUUCUAUUUCUAAUACAGACGGCUGUUUUAUUAUGCAAAUAUUUGAUUAAAAGCUUUAGAAUCUCAGAGAGCUUAGUCCAUCAUUGUAUAUAGUUGUAUCUUCAUCUAAAUUACAGAUAUUGCAUACACAUAUGUUAAAUAUUUCUGGCAUUUAUUCAAUUUUCAUCAAUCCUUAAUAUCUAAAAAGCUACUUGUAUAGCUUCGAUAUAUUGGCAGAAAUUACUGUGCUUUUCCUCUAUUAGGCUUUUAGCUUUAAUCAUUGAAUGAAUGACAGAAAUAUGUUUGUUAAUAGUAAUAACAUACGGUUACAGUAGUUAGAAAAGCACUCAAACGGUAGAUAUUUUGCUUGUAAGUUGCGAAAGACGUAUAGUACGAAACCCAACCAGUUUUCCUGCUAUUCCCUCAUUUAAAUAAAAACUUAAUUUCCAAUUUGAUUCUUUUCACACCAAUUAGAUCUGCCAGAUCAUUGGGCUGAUAAUUUUUGUGAAAACAUUUCAUUUCAACGUUCUUUAAGAAAAUUUCAAUUCACACUCCUAUUCGAGGAACAUGGUUUGGAGUUUCCAUUUCUUUUAGUUUCAUCUCCAACUUUGCGUUUUAGGAAAGUGCAUUCAUGUAACUCUAAAUGUUUGGUCUGGUUUAGUCACGUAUUAGAAACAUUCAGUGAACUACCAAAACAAGGGAUGACUAAACACGAGUUGUAGGAAGCCAUUUGUUCAUUUUAAUAUUAAAAUCGGAUAUGUAAAUUUUAUUUUUGUGAUUUAAACGUUGUGAUUGUGUGGGAUAUUUGGCAACAAUAAUGGGGAACCAAAUGUUUAUGUUAGUUGCUAAAGAAUGGACGUGCUUUAAUGUUUUACAUCGAAUAUUGUUUUCCUUAUUGUGGAUUACAAGUUAAAUAAUUAGCAGAGAUGUUGCAGAAAUUUGUAUUGCUUAAUGUUGCCAAGUUCCAAAGCGUUGUGAGAAUGCCUUUUGUUGAUUUUUGAGAGAGAGACCGUGAAUUUGAAAUAUUUCUAGUCUAUAUAAAAGCCAAGUAUUUUUUUAAGUACUUGAAUUUCUAUUCUAGUCAGUCGAAGAGGCGAUAGAAUUUUAAAGAAAUAUAAAUAAUGAUAAUUUAUAAAAAAUACUCUGUAAAAAUACUAUAUUUAAGGAGAUUGUAAAGGUUAUUGCAUAGGACGGUGAUUGGUUCGUUGCAAAUUUAUUUUUCUUUUUCUUUUGCCGCGUUUUCACAUUUCUGAUACUUUGGAAACGUUCUCUGUUUUAACCUGGAGAAUCUCUAAGAGAAGAAGAAAUAUACAUAGCUAUGAACAAUACACUCGAUUACGUAAAUAAACAACAAAAUAUUAGACUGCUAA